CGCUACUUUUGUAGCACGGCGUUAACUGACGUUAAUUUUUUAGGUUAUGUGUACAAAUGGUUUUAUAAAGUUUUUGGUUUACGAAAUACGAAUUUAUAGACAACUAUUCUAUUAAAAAAAUAUGGAUAACGAUCUUGAAAGAUCAGUACGUCUUUUAGAAGACUCUUUAUCAACACCUAACAGAGGUCUAUUCAAAAAGAAAUUUGGUAGGACUCCUGCACAAAGUGAAAAUAUUUCAAAUUUAUCAAUUGGAUUAGAACCUGAAUUGAAGAAUAUCAUCAGUAAAGGCUUUUCCAUUUACGAUAGUGCCGUUUCCAAAAUUUUACAAUCGGAUCAGUCAAUAACAGGAAAUGUACUUCAGUCCAGUACUGCUCCAUGGAAGAACACUUUUGAUAGUUUGUAUACUGAGUUUUUUGAAAUACUGUCUACUCAUUCUGGUAGAUAUGAUGUUCUAGACAUAGUAACAGAUUUAGCUCGAUGUUGUUCUGAUGCACUUAAGGUUAUUCAAAGUUUAAAAUCAAAAGUUGCUGUGACUCAGAUAGAAGAAGAAAUAAGUUUAGAAAAAGAAAGGAACACAUGGAGAUUGCUGUUUAUUUUAUAUCAGGACCGAUUGCUGGCACAAAAUAUGAUGGAAGAUGAGGGUUUAAUACAAUAUUUCGGCAAAUCAGAGAAACUGUGCGUCCAAAACCUGUUCAAACGUGACAGCCUGGUCAGAGAGAGUCAGUUAAUUAUAGAUUGGUUAGAAUGCAGUGCUGCCGAUAGAGAUGACGAAGCUCUGCUGUUUUCAGACAGCACCGUAGGUUGGGAGAACACAUUGCAUCAAUUGCAGAGCGCCGAUACUAUAGCUUUUAGCAGUUCCAGGCAGAUAGUUUCGCAGUUGGAUCCUGACGCUCCUAACCAUCAGAAGCGACCCUUGCACGAUUUGGAUGCCGAAGACGAUAAAAGAUUGUCGGAGAGGAUUUUUAAUGAAAUUCGGUGUGGGAAGUUGGAAGAGGCUCAAAAGCUGUGCAGGCAGUGCGGUCACCCUUGGAAAGCAGCCCUUUACGAAGGGUGGCGUUUGUUCCACAACCCGAAUAUUAAAGAAGAUCUAGAAAUGAAUCCGGAAUUGAGUGUUCCAGAUGAAGAAAUGGAUUCGAAUGAAAUGAAGAACAUUGAAGGCAACAGUAACAGAGACAUAUGGAAGAAUAUGGCAAUCAAAUUUUGCAAACAGGAUUAUUUAAGUUUAUACGAAAGAGCAGCUGUAGCGAGUUUCUGCGGUUACUUAAAUUCAAUUUUAACCGUCUGUGGUAGCUGGGAAGACUGCCUGUGGGCCUAUAUGAAAACCAUGAUUGAUAUUCGAGUGGAAUCAGAAAUCAGAGAUUGCGUUGCGAAAAACAGCGACUAUUUAGCUUUACCGGAGGAAUAUUGGACUCAAAGGAUGUCAUUAAAUGAAAUCUUUUCGAAUCUGGAAGCUUCUAAGAAUGCCAAAGUUCGAGAAGAUGCUCGAAAACCCGACCACGUCAUCCAGAAAUACAUAAUCUUAGAUGAAAUUCCGACGCUUUUCUUGAAAUUCGAGGAGUGGAUAGAGGAAGAUAACGUGCAAACUAAUUUUCUAAGAUUUCUGGCCCAUUUGGUGUUGUUUUUCGAACAGGUGGGCCAAGGGCACAAUCGCGAAGUGUCCGAAAAAGUUUUGGAGUACUACAUCAAACGAUUAAUACAAUUGAACGAAACUCAAUUGGUGGCGUUUUACGUGAGCAAACUCAGCCCGAGCAAUCAGGUUCAUACGUACGCGAAGUAUUUGGAAAAAAUCAUCGAUCAAGAGGAACGUAAAUCGGCACUCAUGUACGCCGAAGAUAGCGGUUUGAACGUGACGGCCAUUACCAAACAAGUCGUCGAAAACGUCAGGAAUAUUCCGCAUGAAACUGAAGAGACUGGAAACUUACAGCACAAAAUCACGGAAAUAGACAAAUACAAAAUCUCGUGCUUGGAUUGGAUCCUAUUUUGCGAAGAACAAAGAGCCGAAGCCUUAUACCAAAUAAACGCGUUGAUUUUCACGUUUUUGACGCUGGGAAAAUUGGACGCGGCCCAGCUGGCUUUCAAUAAAGUACCAUCGGAUUCUGUAGACAAAAUUCUAUCGGAAGGUGCAGUCAACGAUACUGUCAAUCAAACCAUUAAAGAAUAUCUGUGCUACAAAGCUUACCUGGAUGCACAAGAAGCGUUUAGCGAAUGGUUCAAACAUUGCAAGAACCAACCGUCGCCGCCGGAUAGUUUGCCCGAAAACGCCCAGUUUCCGGAAAAAGUCGCCCACCAGCAUAGGGAGUCGCAGUAUAAAGCUGAAUUAGGACGGUGGAAAUUGACAGCUGACCACUUGGCAAAGAGCGCGAAGGCCAAGCUGUAUAACGUUCUUCUUUUCCCUGAUGGUUGGAUAGUUGGGGCCGACGAGGAAGAAUAUUUACGUUCUACCUGUAUUCCUGAAGUCGUUUUGUUGUUGUAUGCCGUACUUUCGGAAUCUGGACAUCACGAGGAGGCAGUACAAUUAUCAGAUCUUGUGGCCUCCGAGAAGUACGGGAUAUAUAAAGUGUACUCCAAGGAGAAGCUCGGCGAGUUGUUGGUGAAACUUUGCGAAAGUUCCGUCGCAUUAUUAAAUGCAAAAAAAGAUCCUUGGGGUAAUGAAACAAGUGCUUGAAGAUUUUCUUGUGUUUCGUCGCCGCGGCUCCUUGUCGUCGGAUCGACGGGGUUUUCGUAUGAUUAAUUAGGAUUACAUUUUUUUAUACUUUAA